UUUAUCUUAUAGUACCGAUAGUUUUUCUAUGUUUGGGAGUUUGGAUGAUGAUGACGAGUACGGGCUUGAUUGCAGUGGCAACGAAGAACCAGGAAAAGUUCAGCUUCAAAAUAAGCUCACCGGCAAUUUGCCAGAAGCCACUACUAAACGAUGGUCCUUCAGGACCAUUGCGGUUAAGACCCACGCUCCUAAAGAUCCAUAUGAAAAAUACCAACACACAUUGAACCAACUUUUGUUUGGGUCAAAAAUUGAAGAACGGGAUGAUGACGAGGAGGCAAAUAUAAAAAAGCUAAGUUUUGAGGACCCAGAAGUUGAGUCGGACCCGCUUGCCCAAUUUCCUAGCGGAAGUAUCAUGCGUGCGGAGGUCUUCCAAAAUAAAACCAGCGUGCAUUUGCCGUCGUUUGAGUUCAUGCACCGCGGUCACCUGUUCCUCCAGAUCACCAACGACUACAUGCAGACGGCCGUCAACGCCUUCUCCAUCUUGCUAAAAGGCAACCUACAAGAUGUGCUUCGAUUGCCAGCUGGUUAUGUUUUGAAAUCCGCUAAAACUAUAGCUAUGAUGAAAAUAGCGAAGGAAAAGUUGGCAGCGACGUGGGCGGUCGUCAAAGGGAACAAUCUCCCUAUCGAGAUCUCCUCCAUUGUCCUGGAGAUGUAUCGGCCUCUUUUCAAAUACUUGAAUGGGAAAGAGAUGGCAAGACUGAAUCUAAGCGACGAAAAAAUAUUGACUUUUAUUGGGACUCAUAGCGAUUUAGACAGACAUCAGGUUGGAGUGGUAGCCAGCAAAUACAUAAGGUUAAACGACAGAUGGAUGGAACCGAAGUAUUUAAAUAUGAUGAACAAUAUUUUGUGUGGAGUGCCGAUGACUUUCAUGCGGAAGGUACCAGAGAGUACCUUUUUACAACUGACUCACCAGUUAUUCUAUCAUAUUCGAGCUUGUGAUCCUCUUCAGCGAAGAUUUUACUUGGCAAUGAUGACAAAGACUCAGGCGUUAGGAAAGUCGUACAGUUGGAGCGCCAGAGACGUAUCGCGUUUGGGCUUGCUGUUAACAGAGGUUGAGGGCCCUGACCUGGCUGCUGUUAAUCCUGAAGCUAUGUCUGGGAUUACUGCACAAGUAAUGUUAGAAAUUCCGGCAGCAACUUUGAAGCACAUAACAGAAAUGCAGCUGCGUUACAUCGAACAGAAGCCAUUGAAUAUUUUAGCAAAAAAAUUAAGAAUCCACCAAGAUCAGGAGGAAAUAAUAAACAAUGGACAAUGUUCAAUGAAUUUAACAGUCUCAUUAGCAGUUCUAAUAUUACUAACUCAGGUAAUAAAGUAA